CAGUGCUAUGAUUUUCCAGCUUAAUGAAUUGCGCUGAAUUCCAGUUGGUGAUUUCAGGUAAAUCAUGUACACUCCGGCAGCCGAUACGGGAGUGACGGUGGUGGAGAAGGAUGCGGCUCUGAGCAGUGCGUACUCACCUGUGGACUACAUGAGCAUCACCAGCUUCCCUAGACUACCAGAAGAUGAUGUUUCAGCCGACAACACUCUCAAAUCACGCAGAGAUGAUGAUAACUUCCUCAGUGAGCAGGACACAGACCCUGAUCUGUUCCUGAAGUCAGCCCGACUGCAGCGGCUGCCCUCCUCUGCCUCAGCCAGUCGGGACGUCUCUCCACUGAGAGAGACCAGCAGAGAUCCGCUAGCACAGGAUUGUGCCUGCACACGUGACGGGCUGACCGUCAUCAUCACCGCCUGCCUGACCUUCGCCACGGGGGUCACCGUAGCCCUCAUAAUGCAGAUCUACUUUGGAGACCCACAGGUGUAUAAUCAAGCCGCGGUGGUGACGGAUGUGGCCCGCUGCACGUCUCUGGGCUUUGAUGUUUUGGGCAAACAGGGGUCCAGCGUUGAUGCCGCCAUAGCCGCUUCAUUCUGCCUGGGCAUCAUCCAUCCCCACACCUCGGGCAUCGGCGGUGGUGGCGUGAUGCUGGUCCAUGACAUCCGCAGGAACGAGAGCCGGGUCGUUGACUUCCGCGAGACGGCACCCUCCAGGAUUCACCAGGACAUGAUGCUGCAUGUUAAUCAAAGGUCAGGUCUGUUAGUGGCUGUUCCCGGCUUGAUCAGUGGACUACAUCAAGCUCAUCAGCUCUAUGGAAGAAUGGCCUGGAAAGACGUCAUCUCUAUGGCCGCAGAUGUGGCAAGGAAUGGAUUCAAUGUGACGCAUGAGCUGGCUGAUGCGCUGUCUGAAGUGAAGGAGCAGAAUGUGUCGGAUGCAUUCAGAGAUCUGUUCCUGCCGAACGGUCAGGCUCCCCUCGCGGGACUCUUCACUAAACGCCUGGAUUUAGCUGCCGUUCUGGACAGGAUUGCAGCCAAUGGAGUCUCAGAGUUCUACAGUGGGAAUCUGACUCAGGAAAUUACAUCGGAGGUUCAAGCUAAAGGAGGUGUGUUGAUGGAGGACGACUUCAAAAACUACACCACUGUCAUACAGAAGCCACUGCAAAGCCUUUACCAGGGCUACCAGGUGUUUGUUCCUCCUCCACCCCACGCGGGAGCCGCCCUGCUGUCCGCUCUCAACAUCCUGGAGGGAUUUAACAUCACAAACCAGGUGUCCAGGAGCAACAUUUACCACUGGAUAGCUGAGUCUCUGAAGAUUGCUUUGUCUCAAGCCAGUGGACUGGGAGACUCCAUGUUCGAUUCAUCGGUUUCUGAGUUGGUGACGCAGAUGCUCAGUAAAGGCCAGGCUGAUGCGCUCCGGCAGAAGAUCAGUGAUUCACAGGCAUCUCCGGCCGAGCACUACACGCCGUCAUACGAGCUGCAGGAAGGCGCUGUGGCCAGCCAGCUCAUGAUCAUGGGCACCGAUGACUUGAUCGUGUCUGUUAUGAGCUCUCUAAACCGGCCAUUUGGAAGCCGCAUUGUGACACCCUCUGGGAUUCUCCUGAACAGUCAGAUGCUGGACUUCUCUUGGCCCAACAAAACCCACAGCGCUGCAGCUUACAAUCAGCGUAACAGCAUUGAGCCGGGCAAGAGGCCGGCCUCGUUCUUGACGCCGAUCGCGGUGAGGCCGUCCAUCGGUCUGUGUGGCACAUACGUCGCACUGGGCUCCUCUAACGGCGAGCGGGCGCUGAGCGGCAUCACGCAGGUUUUGAUCAAUGUUUUGUCAUCACGUAAUAACAUGAGUGACAGCGUGUCCUACGGCAGACUGCAUCCUCUCAUCCAAAACAACACCCUGCUGGUGGACUCUAAUUUUGCUGAGGCGGAUGUGAAGUCUCUGAUGCAGAAGGGUCAUGAUGUGUGUAAGGUGGACAUCAUCUCACUGGUAGAAGGGACCCGGAGGACCAAUGACCUGAUCAUCGGUGUGAAGGACCCUCGCAGCACUGAUGCCUCUGCGCUGUCCAUGUCCAUGCCCUAGAUUCACACACACACACACACACACACACUCUGUGCUACAAAGCUGUUUGUGCACUAAUUGGGGACGUUAUGAGGUUAACAAGUUCCAAGGAUAGAGUUGAUAACCAAAAUAGGUGGACAGUGUCCGGUAGAUAGAAAUGAGCCGCUCCCUGCUACCCCACCACAAAAACAGCAACAUACACACACACACACACGCAAUGAUGACAAAUUGUAAAAGACAGCUGUUUUUGUUGUUGUUGUUUUUUUACCUCAAAGGGUACCUCACUGCUCCUUUAACUGGUUAACGGUUCCAACACAUAUAGUAUGUGUCAAAACAUUUGGACAUACCUGCUCUUUAUUUAUUAUAUUUUCAAAUUAUAUUUGAUAUUUUCCUCAUUAUGGAAUUAUAGUAAAGCAAUUAUAACGGUGAAAUAACACAAAAGAAAGUGUGCAAAAUAUGUAGUGACCAGAAAAUGUCAAACAAAUCAACAUAUUUAGCUUAUUCAGUCGCCAGCCUUCAUCUAGAGUUCAGCUGAGCACACUUCUCUUAAAAAACCUCACGUGGAGCAUCUUGUGCUUAAGUAAAAUAAACAGUACUGAAGGUGUUUCUUGUGUGCUGGUCAUCUGCUGGCUGCUUUUCCUUAACUCAUAAGAUCAUAAGGAACAAAUUCAGUCAAGUGUGUCCAAACUUUAACUAGUACUGUAUAGUUUUGUAUUAGCCUCUUCAUUAUCAUAAUUAGUAGUUCCUUCAGGGUUGUGUAGGAUUAUGCCAUAUGCGAAUUGGAGGUAGAUAAAGGCAAAUUAAAGGAUUUUUUUCAUAUCUUGCAAGACCUUGCAAGGUCUCUUGAAGUCUUCAUGAAGAAGUAUCUUCACAAAUGUGAGUAAAUGUUACUUGAAGUGAAUGUUACAUGAAUAAUUUCUCCAGUUUACGAAUGAAUGAUUGUACAUAUUAUAUAAUGAUUAAUGAGGGUUGGGUGGUAACAAAAUAGUAACUAUAUGGUCUUAUUUUAUUAGCCGAUCAAACCCUCCUGGAAUCAUUAAGGAAAUGGUCUAAAAUGAAUGAAGCCGAGAGAAUGCCAGUUGUAAAAUGGUAAUAUAGAAACUAAUAUGCUCUCAGAUGCGGUUUAAUAUAUGCCAUGAUUAUUACCUUUUACAGUUGUAUUUUGAAUUGUGGAUGUCAGUUUCUUGAUGUAUAUAAUUGUAUUGCAUUUUCUCUUCGGUGUGGAAACGGUAAAAUAAGUUUUAGUUUAUGCACAUAUUUCUGAGAGAUGAUCAGCUGAUUAUUUAAAAGUGAAGUGAGCUUCCUGUUUAUAGGCACAAUUGGUAUUUUCUGCCACAACUGAAUAUUAUUGCACUGUAACAGCACCAUUGUGUUUAGUAGCUUUGCAAUGACGGUGAUUACGAUGGAGAAUUAAUAUGCAUAUGUAGUGUAGUUUCUUUGCAUUAUUUCCAAACUCAUUCAUUUCAGAAUGCAGGAGUCCUUGAGAUGUAAAAAGCUGGAAGGACUAAAGAUAUUUCAUAUGAGUGAAAGUUUAGAAUAAAAUUGAACACAAUUAUUUAUAAGUGUAAAACGUAAGCAUAUUAAAAAAACAAUAAA